CUUGCUUUCACAGCUCACUUCGUUCCUCUGUUACGAACUUACGACUUCUCACAGGCAGCGAAUCUAUGGAACGCAGUGACUCGGCCGAUACUCUUAUGACGACGGUGUCUCGUCAUCAUUUCGGGGAUGAAAUGGACGAACCGGCCUUCUCCAUCUCUAUCAUCGAGAACAUGAAGGAAGACUAUGGUCUGUUCGUGUGGCCCUGUAGCGUGGUCCUAGCGGAGUAUGUUUGGCAACAGAGAUUGCGCUUUUCCCGAGCCGGCGUGGUAGAGCUUGGUGCUGGAACUUCCUUGCCAGGUUUGGUUGCAGCCAAAGUUGGUGCUGACGUCACUCUCACUGAUGACUCGAGUAGAUUAGAGGUGCUGGACAACAUGAAACGAGUGCUUGACCUUAAUAAACUUGAGUGCAAUGUACUGGGAUUGACAUGGGGAGUUUGGGAUGCAUCUACAUUCAGUUUACAUCCAAAAUUUAUUCUUGGGGCUGAUGUGUUAUACGAUGCUAGUGGUAGGGUUAUUAUUAUCUACUAGUUUUUUGUUUUUGUUUUUUCUCAUUUUUCCCUCUUACCAUCUCGAUCACUUAACUUGACCUUCAUAACAACUUACCAUAAUCGAAGUGGACAUCAUCUGAUUGAGUUUUUGAUGGUCAAAUGGGGGUUGAAGUGUGUGAAGCUUCUUGAUGCCUUUUCAUUUAUGCCAUCCCACAAGGCGUCCGGGCUAAGCGGCAACCUUCAGUUGGCAGAGAUUGUUCUGGAUAGUCAACGGGCUGAGAUACCGGUUUUGCAUUAGCAGUGUGGCAAUGCAGUAAUGCCGCCACUCGGACUUGCAUUAAGACUGCUCGUCACUGUUGGAACUCUGCUGCAGCAAGUUCAGUAGUCCAGUUGAUUGAGCGCACUGUAAUGGAGGACAUCAUUUGUUCAUCUUUAUUAAGAGUUGGGUCAACAUAGACAGAUUUCAAGUUUCACAAAAGAAAGUAUUGUUGCCCUUCAAACCAAUAUUUAUAAUAACUUU